GGAGGAGGAAGAGGAAGAAGAAGAAGAAGAAGAAGAGGAGGCAACGGCCGCCCAGAUGAGGGUCCGGAAAGCCUGUCUGCUGGUGCUGCUCCUGGGCCUGGCGCAGCUCGCCGUCCUGGCCGCCGCACGCGGGGAAGGGGUCGAAGAUUCACUUACCAAAGAGGAGGAGGAUGAUAUUGAUGAUGAUGACGAUGAUGAGGUUGAUGACGAGGAUGAUGACGACAACGAUGAUGACGAUGACUCGGAAGUAAAAGAAGAAAAUGGAGUCUUGGUCCUAAAUGAUGCAAACUUUGACAUCUUCGUUGCCGAUAAAGACACUGUCUUGUUGGAGUUCUAUGCUCCUUGGUGUGGCCAUUGCAAGCAGUUUGCUCCAGAGUACGAAAAAAUCGCCAAGACUCUGAAGGAGAACGACCCUCCCAUUCCCGUGGCCAAGGUAGACGCCACCACAGCCUCUUCUGUGGCCAGCCGGUUUGACGUGAGCGGCUACCCCACCAUCAAAAUCCUGAAGAAGGGCCAGCCAGUGGAUUACGAGGGCUCCAGGACCGAGGCAGAAAUCGUGGCUAAAGUCAAGGAGGUCUCUCAACCCAACUGGACUCCUCCACCAGAAGUUACCCUGGUGCUGACCAAAGACAACUUCGACAAAGUAGUGAAUGAUGCAGACAUUAUUUUGGUCGAGUUCUACGCCCCAUGGUGUGGGCACUGCAAAAAACUGGCCCCCGAGUACGAGAAGGCCGCUAAGGAGCUCAGCAAGCGCACCCCACCCAUUCCGCUUGCCAAAGUGGAUGCCACCGCAGAGACGGAUCUGGCCAAGCAGUUUGAUGUGUCUGGCUAUCCGACUCUGAAGAUCUUCCGCAGGGGAAAGCCUUUUGAUUACAACGGCCCACGAGAAAAAUAUGGGAUUGUCGACUACAUGAUUGAACAGGCUGGUCCUCCGUCUAAGCAGAUUCUGUCUGUGAAGCAGGUUCAGGAGUUCUUAAAGGAUGGAGAUGAUGUUAUCAUCAUUGGUGUUUUUAAGGAUGAAAAUGACAACGCUUAUAAGCUGUAUCAGGAUGCGGCUAACAGCUUGCGAGAAGAUUACAAAUUCCACCAUACCUUUAGCAGUGACAUUGCCCAGUAUUUGAAAGUGUCUCCCGGAAAGCUGGUUGUAAUGCAGCCGGAAAAGUUCCAAUCCAAAUACGAGGCCAAGGCACACAUUUUGGACAUUCAGGACUCUACCGCAGGGUCAGCCAUAAAGGACCAUGUGACCAAGCACGCUUUGCCCUUAGUGGGUCAUCGCAAGACGUCCAACGAUGCGAAGCGGUACACCAAGCGCCCACUGGUGCUUGUCUAUUACAGCGUCGACUUCAGCUUCGACUACCGAGUGGCCACCCAGUACUGGAGGAACAAGGUCCUGGAGGUGGCCAGGGACUUCCCUGAGUACACCUUCGCCAUUGCCGAUGAGGAGGACUACUCAAGCGAGGUGAAGGACCUGGGGCUGAGCGACAGCGGCGAAGACGUGAACGCGGCCAUCCUCGCCGAGGACGGCAAGAAGUACGCCAUGGAGCCCGAGGAGUUUGAUGCCGACGUGCUCAGGGAGUUUGUGCGGGCCUUCAAGAAAGGCAAGCUGAAGGCGGUCAUCAAAUCCCAGCCCGUGCCCAAAAACAACAAGGGACCCGUGAAAAUCGUGGUGGGGAAGACCUUCGACUCCAUCGUGAUGGACCCCAAGACGGACGUCCUCAUAGAGUUCUACGCCCCGUGGUGCGGCCACUGCAAGCAGCUGGAGCCCGUGUACGUGGAGCUGGGAAAGAAGUACAGGCACCAGAAGAGCCUGGUCAUCGCCAAGAUGGAUGCCACCGCCAACGACGCCACCAGCGACCGCUACAAGGCGGAGGGCUUCCCCACCAUCUAUUUUGCCCCGAGCACCGACAAAAAGAACCCUAUCAAAUUUGAAGGUGGGAACAGGGAUCUGGAGCAUUUGAGCAAGUUCAUCGAAGAGCACGCCACAAAACUGAGCAGGACAAAAGAAGAGCUCUGAAGGGGCGGGGAGGGGAGGACGAAGAUGUCUACGUUGUAGUAAUUGCGGGUUCCCGACGCGGAGGGGGCGGGAAGGGGUUGUGGAGGGUUAGUGGCCAGUUGAGGGGAGAGGAGAUUUGGAUGUUAACAGUUGCAGCAUCUUUUUUUUAAUUUUAUAUUUCUUCCGAUGUGGACACUGAACGCGGCUGUGAACGUUUGAAAAUAAUUAUGGUUCUGAUCUUUGGAGGAAAAUCUACUUUCUGUUUUUGUCAUUAUUUGGGGCUUGGUUUGAAUUUUGGUUUGGCUUCCCUUUUUUUUUUUUCUUCUCUUCUCCCACUGUGUUUGGUGUGUUUUCUUUCCCAAAGCGAACGGGUUAAGUCUCAGAUUUUGCAUGUGUUUGUUUUGGGGGGGUGUUUUUUUAUAUAUUUAAACUUUAAAAGAAAAACAAGCUGCCAGA